GGGUGCAGACGCCGGGCGAGCGGGGAGGAUGGAGGCCGGGGAGGCAGCGCCGCCGGCGGGGACGGGCGGCCGCGCGGCGGGCGGCUGGGGCAAGUGGGUGCGGCUCAACGUGGGGGGCACGGUGUUCCUGACCACCCGGCAGACGCUGUGCCGGGAGCAGAAAUCCUUCCUCAGCCGCCUGUGCCAGGGGGAAGAGCUGCAGUCGGAUCGGGAUGAGACCGGGGCCUACCUCAUUGACCGUGACCCCACCUACUUUGGGCCCAUCCUGAACUUUCUCCGGCAUGGCAAGCUGGUGCUGGACAAGGACAUGGCUGAGGAGGGGGUCCUGGAGGAAGCGGAAUUCUACAACAUCGGGCCACUCAUCCGCAUCAUCAAAGAUCGGAUGGAGGAGAAGGACUAUCCAGUCACACAGGUCCCCCCCAAGCACGUGUACCGUGUGCUGCAGUGCCAGGAGGAGGAGCUGACACAGAUGGUCUCCACCAUGUCCGACGGCUGGCGCUUUGAGCAGCUGGUGAACAUCGGCUCCUCCUACAACUACGGCAGUGAGGACCAGGCUGAGUUCCUGUGUGUGGUGUCCAAGGAGCUGUACAGCUCCCCACAUGGGCUGAGCUCUGAGUCCAGCCGCAAAACCAAGAGCGCGGAGGAGCAGCUGGAGGAGGAGCAACAGCAGGAGGAGGAGGUGGUGGAGGUGGAACAGGUGCAGGUGGAGGCAGAUACACAGGAGAAAGCCCUGUCAUCUCAGGAGCCCGCUAACCUUUUCUCCCUCCCACCACCACCGCCUCCUCCUCCUCCGCUUCCCGCCGGAGGUUCCCGUCCGCACCCCUCCGAGCUGAGGCCGCGUGGCCGUGGGGCUCCUCCUCGGCCCCUCGCCCGCCCCCAGAGCCGCCACCCCCGCUGUUACAAGCCAGAGGCACCCGGAUGUGAGGCCCCAGAUCACCUCCAGGGACUUGGGGUUCCGAUCUGAAAUCCUUUAUUUUUGUACCGCGGGGUGGGCCCCGGGCUCCAGGCGGAGGAAGCACUCUCCCCCCUGCCACUUCUGUCUGCACCUGCGGGGCUCUGAUUGCCCCCCGCCUCGGGGAGCCGGGCGGGGGCCCGCUGG